CUGUGAUACAAGAAUAUCUUCAACAAUAAAGACUGUAAAAAUGGUGUAUAUAAAGACAGGAAGCUUAAAAGAAGGGAUGAUCAACCAGUAUAUGGCAGCUAUAUCUGGCUCAUUGGCCUAUGGAGUAGUUGGGGCAUCCACAGGUUGGCCUUCUCCGGUUUUGAUCGAGAUGGAUCAAGGUGAAACUCCUCUGAAACUCAACGUAACCCAGAUCUCUUGGAUGGUCUCUCUCAUGUUCCUAGGACACAUCUCAAGCCCAAUACCAGCUGGUUACCUCAUGCGCUACUUCGGUCGUAAGAAGGUCUGCCUCUACUUAUCCGUCUUUCCACUCCUCUCGUGGCUUUUGAUCUACUAUGCUUACCAUGUGACAUACUUAUACAUUGCGAGAUACCUAGCGGGUCUCUGGAUUGGAAUAACAUCAACCAUAAUGCCAAUUUACGUCGGUGAAAUUUCAAGCACCGGAUUGCGAAGUUCUUUAACGACUGUAAACAAUCUCAUGACAAACUUUGGGAUAUUAUUUGCUUACGUUGUGGGUCCCUAUGUCAACUAUUUUCUGUUUGCUGUGAUCUGUGAGAUAAUGACUGUUGUUUAUAUUUGUUCGUUUAUAAUGAUGCCGGAAUCUCCUCAUUUCUAUUUACAGACUGGUCAAAGAAAAGAAGCACUCAUUGCUCUGAGCUGGCUUCGUAAAGGAGAAACCGAAGAAAAUAUUGAGAAAGAGAUAAAAAGUAUUGAACAAGCAAUUGAGAAACAGAAGCUACAAAAAGGAACACUGAGAGAUAUAUUUUGUCACAAAGCCAACCGUAAAGGUUUUGCAUUGUCUGUUACAUACGCCAUUUUCAAAAGACUCUCAGGGUCUGGAGUAAUGCAAGCUUACUUGUCAAUUACUUUACCUCCUGUAAGUGUGGGAGUUUUAAACGCUAACAACAGUGUGAUUAUAAUUGGACUCACAAGUCUCAUCUCUUCCAUAUUCUCCGCAGGUUUGGCAGUCAAAUAUCGCCGUCGUAUAUUGCUUACUAUAUCAUGUGGUGGAUGUUCAAUCGCUACAUCACUCGUAGCCUUAUGGUUUUACUUGGACGAGUUUACUACCAUUGACGUGUCACAUUACAGUGAUGUUAUUUUCUGGUCCAUUUUUUUUUACUACUGUGUUUUCAACAUCGGUUUAGGGCCGAUUGGAACCAGUAUAAAAGGAGAGGUGUUACCCAGUAGUAUAAGAGCUUUAUCUUCUUCACUUGUCACUUUUUCUGUAGCUAUUACGGCAUUUUUUCUAAACAAAUACUACUUAUUAGUUGCAGAAUCAUUUGGUAUGUAUGUUAAUUAUUUAGUGUUUAGUUUGGCGUGUGCCGCCACUGUUAUUUACACUUGGACGUACGCUCCAGAAACUCAUAACAAAUCAAUGGAGGAAAUACAAGAAAUUUUAGGAAGGAAGAAAGUACAAAAGAAUUACACUAUAACAGUCUGA